AGGUGAAGAGUAAGAUCAGAAGUCUACGCGGCUAAGUAAUUCAUAUGAUGGAUUCUGGUGAAGAAAACGCUCAGGCUGUCGCGCUUGACGCCUCAGAAUCCUCUGAAAUGUCUGAAUUAUCCGAUGUCCUCCAAGUGAUGAUAUCGAAGUUGGCUGAGGCUAAAGCGAACGGAUGCUUGCCUCCCGAGAUCUUAAAAAGCUUAGCAUCGAUAGUAUCAGACGAUGAGACUAGCAAUGGGUUGGAAAAGGCAGCGUCAAGUAGCACGCAUACCAAGGAAGUGGUGAUUACCGGGAAGAAAGAAGAAUCUUCGGCAGAUCUCAACGACUUUGUAGUUAUAGAUGAAGUAGAAGACGACGCUGAGAAUACAGCACGUGAUGCUUGCUUAGAUGAACGUGACGACGAGGAUCAAGAUGUAGAGAAGGGCGUGUGGUCGUGGAAAAGAACUUUCCGAGCUGUGGAUCGCUCGCUUGAACUUGAGCUUCCGGGUGUGAACAGAUUCAUGCGUCUCCCUUUUGGACAGGACCGACAUCCGAAAGCCCAUGAGCCAAAAUACAAACAGUUGUUCGAAGAAAUGCGAAAAAACUGUCAUGGAUAUUUCACGAAUAAGUCAGGUCCCAUGAAAGCUGCGAUUAACUGGUACAAUCGUACCGUAAGAGAACCAAACCUCCGACUUUCGGUUUUAAACGACCGCAUGAGAACUUUCAAUGUUAAACGGAGUCGACUGGUCCAAGAAAGCGAUUUGGCUCUGGGUCCAGCACUUUUCUCCUUACUUCAUCCUUUUGUAUGGCACGAAGAAGGCCAAUGUUCCCUCGGUAUCCGCAAGAAUCUUCCAGCGGAAGUUGUCCAGGAAUGGGAUCGUCGUGGUGACGAAUUGAAAGCCUUGGAAACUAUAUCGCUGCAUAUUCGACGAGGAGCGCAAACGCAAGCACUCAUAUUUGAAGAAUUGUUGAGAAUUUUGUCGGAUGCUGAGGACAACGUACGAGUUGGAGAGUUGAGAAAGAAGCUUCAACCUGCCUGUGACGAUCUUGCCGAUUUGAUGUACUACAUGUGCAACCGUGCCACUGCCCUCUUCGGACUUACGUCAAAAUCUUCAAGAAGAAUCGUAGUUGACGCUAUGGGUAUAGAUCAGGCUGAGAAAACUGUUUCGAGCAUUGGAUUAGUGAUCAUGUCGUCCGACGGUGACAUACCAUUGCAAAAUUCAGAUUGCAAAACGCUUAUGCAAGGUUUGCUGAAGCAGUUCAAAGCAAUUCAGAAUGCGGGAAGUCUAUCGAACUCGCCAGCGGAAAAAUUCGUCAAGAGUUUUGAAAAGCUGAUCGGUGCGGCUGGUUUGAUGUCUGGUGAUGCUGAUUUGGAGGAUUUCACAUCUGACGAUGUGGACGAUGAUGGCAGCCUGAAACGAAAUCCGAGAGCAUUCGACAUAAAAUGGCGUUCUACUGAGGAAUCGGAGCUUCUGAUGCAUGCGCAAGCAUUGGGUGUGCCGUACGUGAAGCUGAAAGGAGAAUCUGAAGCCAUAACCCUCGAUGAGGACGGUGUCGAAAUUUCUGCUGAGACCAAAGCACCUGUGAUUCUGGAUGAACCCAAGCUGACAUCGGCGUUUCGCUGGUGCGAAGUUGCAGUCCGUGGUGGUGGCAAAAGUGUGAACAUGCUCGGCCCGUUUGACGAAAUGGAAGUUGCAUCGAAAAAUGCGAAUGUGUUGCCGGAUUUGACAGCGUUCCUGCCAAGAGAUUACAGGUUGGGCAGCGACGCUAAAGCUUAUGCUCUUCUGACGCCCGAGAAGUAUUUGUUUCAUCGGGCCUCUGUCAAAGCAUGGAAUGAACGUGAAAAAUAUUACAAGAGCCUGGAGAUUCUUGCGGAACAAUUCCUUCGCCUUUCCACACUAACUGCAACCUCAGUGGAUGCUCUGGCCAUUGCAAUGGACAAAAUUGAAUCUGUGCCCAAUGAAGUUUCGAGUAUCUUGAAAAGCCUCGAUUCUAUCACUGGAGUACUAGCUAAUCGGUCAGCUGCUCUGAAGUGUAUCACCACUCGGAAAUCCCGGGAGUUGCUGCUGAAAGAUGCCGAUGCACCGGAAGAUUUCAAGAAAUUACUGAUGCAGACUGACUGCAACUCGAAGGACCUGUUCCCAAAUUUUGAAGAAAGUGUUCGGACGCAUUAUAAAAAGCCCUAUUCGGAGUUGGAAAAUGGCCUGUUCGCACCUAAAAAUUUGAAACCGGUUCCAGCACCACUCAUCAAGUCUUCUUCGGUGACUAACACCGUUUCUAAAGCCCUGGCUGUGGCGCAGAAACGACCAGCAUCACCUGUCAAAACUCCUGCGAAGAAACCUACUCCAGCGAAGAAACCUCCUCAAUUUUCAAAACCUACUCAAUUUACUCCACUUAUGCGGAAACAUCCUUUGAUGCCUUUCCCAAAUAACGGGGGUUGGUCUCAACCCCGCCCUUCGAAUCCGCCGAGGAGUAACUGGCAUCAACCUGAGCGUGGAUUUCAAAAUCAACAAAGAAUGUCAACUCCACAGGUUCCAUCUGGCCCGAGAGGCAACGCACCAAGCAACUCGAGCCCCUGGAAUUUCAGUCCAAUGGUUCCUCAAACUGUGGGACCAAGAACCAGUCGCCCAUCUCUCAAUUCUUGGAUUUCGAAUCAAUCUGCCGAUGAUUGGCAGGAGGUAGAUGGGGAAUCUGCGAAUGAAGCUGUUGGAGGUCCACGUUCACAAUGGUCUCGCACUGAACAAGGAAAUGCCGCCAGCAGAGGAUUACUUGGUUCCUACAAUGAAACCCCAUUUCAAAGUGGAGGAGGACUACGUGGUUCUUACGAUAAUGAACAACUGCAAAGCAGUGGGGAUUGGGUCGACCAAGGCGAUUCAAAUGUUGACUUUGCCUCCAAUGACCAAUUUUCUUCAAACUUCAAUACGGGGUGGAACAAGGCUGAAUCUGGGAAACGUCCAAUUCUCGCUAACAAUCCAGUUAGGCCAGCAAUGCCGUCAUGGUCUGCUGUCAACACACCAGGAAAAAAUUCGAGCCUCCUCGGUCAAUUUUCCGGGGGCCAAGGUCAAGGGUUUCUUGAAAACUCUGGAAUGUCUCAGGCUCCAGGUUCGUCUGUCAAUCGUUCCAACUUUGGCGGUUAUCAGCAACCGAAUGCACCAUUUGGUGGCUUCAACAACCGCGACAAUGUAGACGCGAAUCCUCAAACGGCUCCAAACACCGGGACCAACUUUUCUCUUCUUGGAAGCAACAAUUUCUCUUCUUUCCGGAAUAACGGGUCUCAGGGAGGCUUCGGUGGAAACUCGAUAACAACCGGUUACUUUGGAUUCAACGGAAACACCGGUUUUAGUUCCUCGGGUAACGCUGGGGGAAGAUCCGGGGGUUUCGGUUCUUGGCCAAAGGCUGCAUCUUCAAAUCAAUUCCUGGUUGACUGACGACCCUUUUUGAGACGCGUGAAAUUUGUUCUAGGGGCGUUUUUCCUCGAUCCGUUGGAAUUAUUUAACGUGUGUAUGUUCGGUUGAUUCCAUGUUUGUUGCAAGUUCGGUUUUUGUGUACAGUACUAUUACUCACGGAUUUUUGAAAUGUGCAAGAUUUUCUGCUCACGAUGUUUUGGGAAGUUGCGGUUCUUGGUGUUUCCCCGAAGAUGUUACAUAUUCGGAGAAUAGGUCCCAUGAUGAUUUUCAGACCCAGUCUCUGAAAGAAAUUUCCCUCCUUGUUUCAAAAGUGGUAGACCAAGAUUUUCAGGCCCAAUUUGAGUUAACCAAGAUUCUUUUCUUGAUCAGUAUUGAACGGGAUUCGUAUUUCACCAAUUAAAAAAACUUGGGACCGUUUUAUAGUGGGUGGGCGGAAUUUUCGAUGACCUUCCACACUGCUGAACGGAUAAUUUAUUUUGCCUUAAAUUAUUUCAGUUUUAGGUGGCAUAAACCCGAAUUGAGUUCCUCCGAAUUUCCGGCUCUUCGCAUUUCGUAAUGUGAAGGUCUGACAUAAAUGCGAGUUCGUAUUGUAAUCGACUGUUGCAUUACAAAAGGUGUUACGGUGUCCGCGCGCAGUCCAAUUCCCAUUUUCAAUGCAGAGAAAGGAAACCGAUUUUUCGAAAGCAUUGUGUGCUUAUGGAAGACGGCAAAACAUGCUCCAUUUCAUUCUUAUAUGCAGUUCAUGGGUUCCAGACAAUUUUAGUUAUUCCAGAUGAUCACCAACCAAUCUUGGAUGAGGCAGAAAUUUUCAUAACUAAUGAUCCAGGAGAAAUGAGCUAGGUUAUCACUCUGAAUUCAAAGAACGAUGAAAUAACGAAGGGUUUAUGCUUUCGUGGCUGACUUUUGUUCGAUUGAUGAUCAAAAAUCUGAUAGCGGGAACAUUUCCAGUCAACCCCCUCCAAGGAUCUGAUCCAAAAAAAAUAAGCCGAUACGAAUUGGACUACGAGUGGAAAUCAGGUUCCCUUAUUAUGAAACUUAUCCUGAGAUUUAGCCUCAUAGCGUUUUUUUUUUCGUCGAAAAAAACAUACUUGUAUGAUUUUUGGGGAAACACGGUAGCUUUUUUCUUGAAAUAUUUCGUGUCACGUUAACAGUCUGUAAUUUCAGGUUGAACCGGCUCUACGAGUUU